CUUGAUUAGUGCGCAUGUCCAUCCUUGGGUUGCGGUGGAAACCCGCCGAUUUAUUAUAGAAACAAGCGUGGCGUAGUCCCCAGCCAGCCAUCUGAUUGGUCCGCUGAUCAACCCCAGCCGUGAAAAAGCGAAUAAACCUUGAGAAGUUGCUGACUGCGCCCCCCAAAUCCUCCCACUGACGCGAAUGCCGAUUGUUGAUCAUCAGCCUCGUCUUCUUAAAAACCAUCCUCCCAGCCUUCCUCAUCGUUUUUUCUCAGUAUUCUCACAAACUCACCUCCUCAUUAACUCUUCACCCACGGUCGCAAUAUCGAAACAAUACCCCACGAUAAGCAAGGAAACACAUCGACGUCAUCUCCACACACCGUCAUCAUGGGUAAAGGCGGUCGCAUUGUCUGCAUCUUCACUCCAUACGUCCUCACCAUCGCAUCUUUAAUAUGCAUCAUCAUGGUGGGACUCGGCUGCACGAAAUCCAGCUCAGACACGCUAGAUGAGCUCUACUUUUUCAGAGCCAACCUGCAAAACAUCACCUCCAAAGCCUCAGACACCGCAUCAACCGUACAGUCAGUCGUCGACGACCUGACCGGUGUUUCGGAUGGCGAUCUCUCCGCGGCACUGGAUGAAAUCGAAUCGGAAUACAACAUCGCAGACUUCUACACCAUCGGUCUCUGGGGCUACUGUGAAGGAAACAUCACCAACAGCAGCACCUACCACACCACCAACUGCUCCAAGCCCGUGUCGGAAUUCUGGUUCAACCCCCUCGAAGUCUGGAACUUGGAAGAGACCGGUCUGGAGAAUGCCCUCCCCAGCAACGUGAAGAAAGCCCUCAACACCUACAAAGCUGUCUCCAAAUGGAUGUUCAUCGCUUACAUCAUCGCCUUUGCUGCCACCGUCGCCGAGCUGGUGGUCGGAGUCUUUGCCAUCUGCAGUCGCUGGGGUAGCUGCGUGACGAGCUUAGUAUCUGCCGUCGCAUUCUUCUUCACCACCGCCGCCUCCAUCACUUCCACCGCCAUGUUCGCCGUCCUCAAGGGCGUCUUCAAAGCCGAUCUCGAACAAUACGGCAUCAAAGGCGCCAUGGGCAAGAACAUCUAUGUCGCCACCUGGCUCGCCGUCGCCUUCUCCCUCGGCGCCAGUCUCUUCUGGGUCCUCAGUUCCUGCUGCUGCUCCGGUCGCUCCCCUUACAACCACCGCAACCGCAACAACACCCGCGGCGUCAUGGCCGAAAAGACCCCCUACACCUACGAAGCCCUGGGUCCUUACGGCCAACCCCAGCAAACCCCCUACACCAACACCUCUUACCCCCCUCCCCCUCCUACCCACGGAAACCAGGCCCCGACAAGGACGAACGUCUAUGAGCCAUUCCGUCACGUCUAACCGCACAAAACCACAUACUUCACAAAAAAAGAAAAGGAAAAAAGAUAACCCCCAAAACAAGAAAGGGAAACCCAAUAUCCACGCGUUUUGCUUGGAGAUAAUGACCACCUUAUGAUGAUACUCUCUUUUUCUUAUAUUUUGUUUCUAGCCAAGAGAACGGCAUUUAGUACAUACCCGUGAUACCCGAGUAUGAAGGGGGGUGGGAGAAUAGAUUUAUGGGGAAUACUCUUGGCAUGAUGAUUGAUGCAAGCUGCAUUUGUAUAUGAAUUUGAAAUCAACUUAUCUAUCUGGAUACUUAUUUCUGUGUCGUUUACUGUAUAUUGUAUUGUAAUAAAAUGUACAGAACCUAGAUCUUGGGUGUAGCCCUGUUUGUAAACGAAAG